AGACCUCUUCGUUCCCAACACCUUUCAGACCACAGAGGAAAAGGGGCGGGGAUGAGAAGGAAGGCAUUUUCAGCCUGAGAAUGCUUCAGUGUGUGUUUGUGUGAGUCAAAAGUGUGGGUCCGCAGCUCUGCUUCAUUUUAUGGGAAAGUCCGUUUCCCACCAUUGUGUCCUCAGCGGUUGCCAGACACUGACAGGGCUGGUAGGCUGUUUGUGUGUGUUAGUGGAGAACAGACGCUGCUGGUUUCAGAGAGCAGCACAGGAAGAGGCAGAGUUCAGAUCGUGUUGGAGGUGAAGGAAGGCAGCUCUUCCAGAACUGUUCGACUGCCUUUCUGACCUGGUUUUAUUUUUCCAUUCUGUGGUUGUGGAGUGUUGACGUCCUGCUUUUGAUUUUGAGCGUGGCGGUUCCCGGCGUGGUCUAGCCAGUGCUGCUAUUGGCAGUGGCUGCAUGCCAUGGGCUGUGUCUUCUCUCUGCCAGAGGACAGGAGAGAUGCUGCUGAGAGAGCACCCGCCGCAAGAGACACAAGUUUCAUCGAGAAAAUGAAGAAAACCGGAAAGAACAUCAUCGUGUUCUACGGCUCCCAGACGGGCACGGGAGAGGAAUUUGCAAACAGACUGUCGAAAGACGCUCAGCGCUACGGCAUGAAAGGAAUGGCUGCCGAUCCAGAGGAGUAUGAAAUGGCGGAGCUGGCCCGUCUCUCUCAGAUUGAAAACUCCCUCGCCAUAUUUUGCAUGGCCACCUACGGCGAAGGAGACCCAACAGAUAACGCCCAGGACUUCUACGACUGGCUGCAGGAAAUUGAUGAUGAAGACCUCUCCGGACUAAACUACACAGUAUUUGCUUUGGGCAACAAGACAUAUGAACACUACAACGCAAUGGGAAAAUACGUUGACAAAAGGCUGGAAGAACUCGGGGCAAAGCGGAUCUUUGACCUCGGUUUAGGGGACGAUGAUGGCAAUCUGGAAGAGGACUUUGUCUCCUGGAGAGAGCAGUUCUGGCCGUCUGUCUGCGAACACUUUGGAGUCGAAGCUUCAGGAGACGACUCAAGCAUACGGCAGUACGAGCUGAAGGAGCACACGGACCUCAACAUGAACAAAGUCUACUCGGGAGAGAUGGGCCGCCUUAAGAGCUUCGAGGUCCAAAAGCCGCCCUAUGACUCGAAAAACCCUUUCCUGGCCCCAGUUACUGUCAACCGCAAACUCAACAAAGCCGGAGAUAGACAUCUUAUGCAUGUGGAACUGGACAUAACGGGAUCUAAGAUCAGAUACGACUCUGGAGACCACGUUGCUGUUUUCCCCACAAAUGACUCUGCAAUGGUGAACAAGUUAGGACAAAUCCUUGGAGUGGACCUUGAUGUGGUUAUCUCUCUCAACAACCUUGAUGAGGAGUCCAACAAGAAGCACCCCUUCCCCUGCCCCACCACCUACCGCACCGCCCUCACUCACUACCUGGACAUCUCGCAGCCCCCCCGCACCAACGUCCUCUACGAGCUGGCCCAGUACGCCUCGGACCCCAAAGACCAGGAGAAUAUGCGCAGGAUGUCCUCCUCUUCGCCUGAGGGCAAGGCCCUUUACCACAGUUGGGUGCAGGGAGCCUGUAGGAACAUCCUGGCCAUCCUGGAGGACAUGCCGUCUUUGAGGCCUCCCGUUGACCACCUGUGUGAGCUGCUGCCUCGUCUCCAGGCUCGCUACUAUUCCAUCGCAUCUUCCUCAAAGGUUCACCCCGACCGCAUCAGCAUCUGUGCGGUGGUGGUGGAGUACGAGACCCCGACGGGCCGCACUAACAAGGGAGUCGCCACCAACUGGCUGAAGAACAAACUGGCCACAGACAACGGACACAAGUCCACUGUUCCCAUGUUCAUCCGCAAGUCUCAGUUCCGCCUUCCCUUCAAAGCCACCAACCCCGUGAUCAUGAUCGGCCCUGGGACAGGCAUCGCUCCCUUCAUGGGAUUCAUCCAGGAGAGAGGCUGGCUCAAAGAACAAGGAAAGGAGGUUGGAGAAACUGUGUUGUAUUUCGGCUGCAGAUAUAAGAACGAGGAUUAUAUCUACCAGGAGGAGCUGGAGGCAGCGGAGAAGAAAGGAGUUCUAACGCAGCUCAACAUCGCCUUCUCCAGAGACCAGGAGCAGAAGGUGUACGUGCAGCAUCUCCUGAAGAAUAGUAAGGAGCAUCUCUGGAAGCUGAUUCACUCAGACAACGCUCAUAUCUACGUCUGCGGGGACGCGAAGAACAUGGCUAAGGAUGUGCAGACGGCCCUCCAGGACAUCGCGGAGGAGCUGGGAAGCAUGACGCGCACACAGGCCACAGAUUACGUCAAGAAACUGAUGACCAAGGGACGCUACUCACAGGAUGUCUGGACUUAAAGAGCCUCAGACUCACUGCUCGAGUGGUUUUAAAUGUUCUAUUUUUAUUGUGUGUCUCGUUUUAUCAUGACUAAAUAUAAAACCAUUAAAGAACUGUUCAUCUCCCUAGUCAAGGGAGCAACAGUAGCACAUGAUUGUGAGGCAAACACUACCUCAGCAGGUUUAGUUGAUAAACACAUUCAGCAGUUUGAUCUGUAUUUCAUAAGUAUACUACAUUAUGUAUCUGGGACGCAGCCUGUUUUAGGAGACAAAUCUAUGGUCUGAUUUAAGAUCCUCUAUACAUGACUCGAUUUGUGUGAUUGGCUGUUAUCAAACAUUAUGGACAUGCAGCUCUGAAUGUACAUGAUAUAAGUCCACUGUGAACAUGGAAAUAUUUCAAUCGGAAACAUAGAAGGUCCUUCAGUUUGCCAUAUAUUAACUUUAAUCUAACUGUUAUAACUCCUCAACUGGUAAUAUUGGAUUAUAUGUGAACAUUUGGAGCGUUGUCUGUUCCUGUUGCAAAGAGAGAAAAGGGACGCUUUAUACAUGAUAGGGUGCUUACUUCAGCUUCUCUCAGAGCUCGUCCUGUAGUACUUCGGAAAUAACUUUAAAUAUAAUAAAUGUUUUUGAACAUAUAUGAAAAUUUGGUAAGUAAACUUGUUGAUAUAACAAACUAGCCUCAUUGGUACAAUUAUGCUAAGUAUGCCAUUAUCUUUGGAAGAGAUUGUGCCUGAUAUGCAAACAUUGCUGUUGGAGAGGUACAAAAAGUGAUGCAAAUGAAAAGAUCAUUUAUAGAAAAAUGCACGUCAGCAUGUGCAACUUAUUUUCCAUAAAAGCAGGUCUUUAAAAGUAAUGAAAAAUGAACUGUAGGCUCCCUGUAAUAUUUGUAAAAUGUUAAUUUGAAAUGUCUUGGAAAUCAUAUCUGGCCUCCCAAAUGGUGGUUGUUUGCGAGGUGUGAAAUGUUAAUUUUGUCUUAUCACAUUAUGCACCACUACAUGGAGAAAAUGACCGAGAAAUAUCAGGACAGUUCAUGCAUCUCCCAGAUUCUGUCAGCCGGUGCUCAUCGCAAUCUUUUUGUGUGAAUAAAAGGAGUUUGAAGAUGUCAGCGGACCAUUUGAAGUGCAGCCUGUGCCUUUUUUACACUGCCUUAUAAGUUAGCAUAUAAAACCCUGACGCUGUACUAACUCGAUAACGUGUCUUCGUCUAUGCUUUCAUCGUGGUAGAAAGUCACUUUAGCCAGUACUGUGACUUAUUUGUCUUUCCACUUUAUGAUGUAAUUAUUUGAUAUUUUCAAGGCAUGCAUUUUUUUAAUGAAUAAAAUUGGAAUAAUUUA